AUGCAUCACAUGGACAAUGCAACGACUAGUACAUCUAGCACACCACAUUUUUCCGAUACGGCUGUUUCUGAAUCUUCAUAUUUCAGUUCUAUAACUAACGAAAGUCUCACACAACAUUCUCGGCUUUUUGGCGAAAGUUCAUAUCUAUCUUCAAAUGAUGAAAGCAAUGGAGCUGGAGAUACUCUAGACAAUGAGGCCACUGAUUCUUCCGGUUUCCGCAGUUCCCUCGAAGAUUCUGCCUACUGGUUGCCUGGAAUCCGAGGAAUAGAUCAAAAUCGAAACCAGACGAAUGGCUUAGGCGAAACUCGAAAUAUGAGGAAUGAAAGAAACGAUGAAUUAAAUGAAGCGCACAAUGAAAGUUUUGUGGCUAGUGUAGCUAGACGUUUGAGAGAUUUUAUUAUUUCGCUGGGCGAACGUACAAUCGGUAAUCUUAGGCCUUACAGUCAGUUAUAUAGUGAUGCAUUUUAUUAUCUCAUUCAAAGUUUCAUUGCUUUUCCUGUUAGAGUUGUUGGUUUCAUAAGAGGUCUGUAUACCGGAGAGAUUAAUCAACCUUUCUAA